AUUUCCCGACCGCCAUAUUGUUCGCGUCUGUUCAACGACAAAAAAUGGAGUCAUGUCGAUGUGCGAUAAUAAUUAAAAAAUUUAAAUAAAAUACAUUAAAUUAAUUUUAAAUAAUGUUACUCUAUUGUUAAGUAAUAUUGGGGCUAUUAAAAUAUGACAAAAUUUGUGUGCAAAAGGUGUUAUUCCGUUAAGAAAUUGUGAUUGAAAAAAGACGGCUAAUGAAAAAAUUUUCAGACGACUACAGAAAAAUUUAAUUCGUGUCCCGAAAGCAAAGCGUUCGUGUGUUCAGCGCAAUUAAGAAAAAUUGAAAAAGUUUACUUUCCCUAUGGAAAUAUGAUAGAAAAUUACACAAAAAUAUAUAAUUUAAGUUUAUUGUUAUACACCCUAUAAAUGUAAAUAUGCUAAUUUAUGCAGAAACUUAUAAAAAACACGCUUAAAGAUAUUUGCUUUAACAACUACGUUAGUCGAUUGUGCAAAAGUGGUGAUUGCGAAUUUGAGAAUUUGUUUUGCAAUCAUUAUUGCUUCUGUUGUAAAACGCAAAGAAAAUUGACUUAAAACGGCAAGAACAAAUAUAUUAUAUGUUGUGUAAGCGUUGAAGAUAUUACGGAUUGUAUCAUCAGUGUCCUAUUAAAGAACUGAAAUAUUAUAAUAUUAGUUAACUGCAGUGUUAACAUAACAAGACAAACGGGUUACCUCAAUAAAAAAAAAAGUAAUUCUAGUGCUAAGAUAAAACGUGGGUAUCAAUAGACCUACAUGUAACGUAUAACCCGGCGAUUACAAAGCUAAAAGAAGUGCUACUGGUAUGCUGUGCGUGUUGUGCAAUAUGCUGCUUAUAGAGAAUGUAUUUAGCAAACAAUCAAUCAACACAUUUAAUAUAUUAAACUAAUGUUCAAAAUAAAUAUACUCGAAGUUUAUAGAAAAAGUAUAAUAUAAAAAAACAACAAAAAAAGGCCAAUCAUUGUGGUGUUGUAUGCUGCUCUGCGCUCAUACAAUUUUUAUAGUGCACAGUGCAAAAGUAAGAGCGACUGCGAAACAAGUUUUGUUGUUUUUAGUACACAUUCAGCAAUAAUUUGUAAUAGAUUUGUAAUGUGCUAUCGUUUAACAAAUAAAUAUACAAAACAUAUAUAUCUCCCUUUAACCCAUGCACUAGAAUACUUAAAAAAAGCCGCAUAAAAGUGAGAUACAUAUAUUGUGCUUCUACUACUCACUAAUGAAAAUAAUAAAAGGAAAACAAAACAAAAAUCCAGAAAUUGUCUUAUUUGAAAUGUUUGUGUUUGUGUAAUGUUGAUGAAAAUUGUUGAAAGAGCGUGUGUGUGUUAUUCACGAGCAAGAAAGCCGUAUACAGAUCGUUGUUGACUUAAAACUUAUUUUUUAUUUUAGUAUAAAUUACAAACACAUAUAUUUCGUUGGUGUAUUUCGCAUAUGCAUAUAUAUGUGUGUGUGUGAGUGCGGUCGCUGCAGUGAUGAUUUGAAUGUAUAAAUUACUAAAGCCAGUUGCAGAGGUAGUCGAAGGUUUUUUAAAUCAUCGUCAUUAUCAGCAGCUGCGACUAAAAAAGUCCAACCGGAUAGAGUUUCCUAAGUAAUGAAUGAAAAAAUAAAAUCACCCUCAGCGCAGGGUGGUACUGGUGGUAGUGCGGGUCCACCAAAUAAUGGCGGUUCUACAGGACCAAACAUAGGCGGUAAUAAUCCUGUUGGUCCACCACCAACAACUCCCGGCGGUAGUCCAUCAACAGGUAUUGGUCCUCCUGCACCAAAUAAUGGCAGUGAUCCGCAAACCGCACAGCAUCUAUAUGGUCCGCCAGCAGGAGAUCCAGCUAUGUCACAUUAUCAUUUACAUCAGCAGCCGCAUCCAUCACAACAACACAUGCCCCAUCCACAAGGUGGUCCACCACCACCGCCACAAAAUCCUGGAGAACAUCCUAAUAAAGAUGAUUAUGGUCAAGGACCAAUUGGUGGUGGUCCGCCACCUCCACCAGGUGGCCAUCAUCCUGUUUAUGGUCGCUAUCAUCAUCCUGAUCCCAAUAUUGAUCCAUAUCGUUAUGGUCAUGCACCAAUACAACAACCACCACCAGGUGGUAAGCCACAGCAACAGCCAAAUCCUCCAACAGGACCUGGUGGUGCAUUAUCAUCGCCAAAUAGACCACCUCCACAACGAUAUAUACCUGGGCAACCACCACAGGGUCCUACGCCAACUUUGAAUUCAUUAUUACAGUCAUCGCAUCCACCACCACCACCUCAACAUCGAUAUUCAAACAGCUAUGAUCAGCAGCAACAACAGCAACAACAAGCUGUACAACAGCAGCAACAAAGUGGUCCGCAAGGUCCGCAUGGUCCGCCACCGCCACCACAUCAACCAUACGGAGCGCAACAGGGUUGGGCGCCUCCACCACGUCCUUAUAGUCCACAAAUGGGACCUUCACAGGUGUAUAGGACACCACCACCGACAAAUUCUUCCAGAGGUCAAUCACCUUAUCCUCCGACGCAUGGUCAAAAUUCAGGUUCCUAUCCAAGUUCACCACAACAACCGCAACAACCUGGUGGUCCACCACCGCCACCACAAUCUUCAAAUCAGGGUACAGCACCAUCUCAAUACUCGCCGUAUCCACAAAGAUAUCCUACACCUCCUGGACCUGCUACUGGACCAAAUCAUCGAGCUGCCUACUCAACACAUCAGUAUACUGAACCAAAUCGACCUUGGCCUGGUGGUUCAUCAUCUCCUGCACCUAGUCCUGGUCCUGGUGGCCAUCCACACCCACCUGCGUCGCCACAUCAUUUACAACAUGGUGGCCCACCGCCUAGCAGCAGUCCAGGGCAUGCGCCCAGUCCAUCACCACAACCAUCUCAGGCCUCACCAUCACCGCAUCAGGAGUUGAUUGGGCAAAAUAGUAAUGACAGUUCUAGCGGAGGCGCUCACAGCGGCAUGGGCUCAGGUCCACCGGGUACACCAAACCCUCAACAGGUAAUGCGGCCAACGCCCUCACCAACAGGCUCAUCGGGUUCACGUUCCAUGUCACCGGCAGUAGCUCAAAAUCAUCCCAUAUCACGUCCAUCGAGCAAUCAAUCAAGUAGUGGUCCCAUGCAACAACCUGGUAGCGCUGGACCGCCACCACCUCUCCCUCAUAUGUCGCAAAGCGCCAGUGGACCACAACAGCAGGUGGCGGCGCCAACAUCGCAAUCUCAACAACAAAACGCAAUAGGCGGACAGAAUUCAUCGUCAUCGGCGAGUAAUUCACCACAACAGCUACAGUCAGGCUCAACAGGUUCUAACAAUGGACAACAACCACCGCCUAAUCAAACGGUGAAUAAUAUGCCCACACCAUCACCUCAAAGUGGACCUGGUGCAGGGGUGUACCCUCCACCACCACAUAUGCAUGGUGGUUAUAAGUUAGGUGGUCCUUUGCCAGUUCCAGGUAGUGGGCAAACAUCUGGUCCAGGCCCACAAGGCAUGCCUACUGGUUAUCCACCACCUCAACAAACACAGCAGUAUACGCAAGGCAAUUACCCGCCACGACCGCAAUAUCCGCCAAACAGUUAUGUCCCCGCACCCCCACAAACUAAUCAGCCAACAUCUGCCAAUAGUAUGCCACUUGGUGGUCCGCAACAAUAUCCUGGUCGACCUAUGCCAAACCAUAGUAGUGGCGGUCCGCAUGCACAAUAUCCACCUUAUCAAAAUUGGAUGCCACCCUCACCGCAAAGUGCACCUGGUGGUCCAGGCAGUGGUGCUGGCGCCAGUAAUAUGGGCAAUCAUGUGCAGGGCAAAGGUACACCACCACCAGUUGGUCCUCAGGGUGGUGGCUCACCUAGACCAUUAAAUUAUCUUAAACAACAUUUGCAGCACAAAGGUGGUUAUGGUAACAGUCCUACUCCACAACAGGGAUAUGGUAAUGGUCCCGGCGUGCAUCCCGGUAUGCCAAUGGGUCCACCACACCAUGUGGGACCUCCUCAUGGUCCUACAAAUAUGGGACCUCCAACUAGUACACCUCCACAACCAAUGGUUGGAGGUGUACCUCCUGGCGUUGAUGGUAGCAAUUCCGAACAUAUAUCGCAAGAUAAUGGUAUAAGCUCAUCAGGAUCAACAGCAUCAGGACCGCAUCCAGUAACAUCUGUUGUAACAACUGGACCAGAUGGCACGCCGAUGGAUGAAGUUAGUCAGCAAAGCACACUAUCGAAUGCUUCAGCAGCGUCUGGUGAGGAUCCACAAUGUACAACACCCAAAUCCCGAAAAACGGAUCCAUAUAGCCAAAGUCAUUUAAUACCGCCAAGUACAUCACCUGGUGGUCAUCCUGGUCAUCCAGGUGCUCCAGGGGAAGAAUAUGAGAUGAGUUCUCCACCAAAUUGGACGCGACCACCAGCUAGUCCGGUUUUUAAUAGCCAUGUUCCUCCACAAGAAACUUUUCGUUCGUCCAAUAAAAAAUCUGAUAGUCUCUGUAAACUAUAUGAAAUGGACGAAAAUCCUGAACGACGUGGUUGGUUAGAUAAAUUGCGUGCAUUCAUGGAAGAUCGUCGAACACCAAUUACCGCCUGUCCGACUAUAUCAAAACAACCACUUGACUUAUAUAGGUUAUAUAUUUAUGUAAAAGAACGUGGAGGAUUCGUCGAGGUAUGCAAGGUAACCAAAAGUAAAACAUGGAAAGAUAUCGCUGGAUUACUGGGUAUCGGUGCUAGUAGUAGUGCAGCCUAUACGCUUCGUAAACAUUACACAAAAAAUUUACUUGCUUUCGAAUGUCACUUUGAUCGUGGUGAUAUUGAUCCUUUGCCAAUAAUACAACAAGUAGAAGCUGGCACCAAAAAGAAAACAACGAAACCCGUUUCAGUACCAUCGCCAGGUGGUGGUAUUUUGGAUGCUAUAAAUACACCAAAUACGCCAGCAGGCUCUUCAAAUUCACAAGAUGCAUUCCCAGCGCCUGGUGGAGCUCCAAAUACUAAUAUAGAUGGCUAUCCUGGCUACCCGGGUGGAUAUCCUGGUGGUGGGCCCCAACCAGAUUAUAGUGCUGGUGGUCAAAUGCAAAGGCCACCCUCCCAAAGUAACGCACAAGCGCCACAUGCAAGCAAUUCUCAAACUACAGCCGGUGAUAAUGUUAGUGUGAAUAAUCCAUUUGAUGACCCGGUAGGUGCAACACCACGUGCACCGCCCUUUCAACAGGGUAGUACAUAUCCACCGGUGUCUAGAACGUCAGGCUCUCCUUAUCCUGGUCAACCUGGUGCAUACGGACAAUACAAUUCGGGCGAUCAAUAUAAUGCAACUGGACCACCUGGCCAAUUUGGACAGAAUCAACCACAAUUUCCGCCGCAGAAUCGCAAUAUGUACCCUCCUUAUGGUCCAGAGGGGGAAGCGCCGCCUCCAGGAGCAAAUCAGUACGGUCCAUAUGGCAAUCGUCCAUAUAAUCAACAACCACAAGGUAGUGCUCCAACAACUACACCACCAGUUGUUGCCAAUGCACCAAAUGCAGUAGGUGGACCGCCUGCAAGUGGUCCUGCUACACCAGGUGGUGCAUAUCCACCAGGUGCACCCACACAACAAGAUUACUAUAGGCCACCAGAUCAAACUCAACAACCACGUCGACAUCCCGAUUUUGUUAAGGAUACACAGCCCUAUUCAGGUUACAACACAAGACCGCAAAUUUAUGGUGGCUGGCAAGCAGGUUCAAAUCAGUAUCGUAAUCAAUAUCCUUCUUCACCAACACCGCAAUCUUGGGGUGGCGCACCACCACGAUCAGCUGCGCCUACAGCUGGGCCGCUUGGUCCACCUAACCAGCAAGCUUCUGCUGCUGCACAAUGGGAACAACAUCGUUAUCCACCACAGCAAGCACCACCACCUCAACAGCAACCUCAAUACGCUCAGCCGCAAACUCAGCAACAGCCACCACAACCUUCACAAUGGGCGCAAAUGGCUUCUACACAACCACCGCAAGUUGGAGGUACGGCUGGAACUCCGCAACGACCACCUGGUGCGCAGCAACAACAACGUCCUGGGAUGCCUCCUCAACAACAAAAUGCAACUGGCCCAGUUCCAGGUCAAAAUAUGCCUAGUAACAUGACAAAGCCACAAUUCUCUAUGCCUCCGCCUCAAACGAGUAGUUCUGGUGCACCUUGCGGUCCACCAGUACCUACUGGUCCUGCAAAUGCCCCGUUAAAUGCAUUGAGUGCUCAAAAACCUACUGGUACACCAACACAAUUAGGUGGUCCUAUAGCGCAACAAAACGCAGCACCCUUCCCACAACCAGCUGGUAUACCUUUACAAAAGAAAGAAAUUAUAUUCCCGCCAGAUAGUGUUGAAGCUACCUCACCUGUGCUUUAUCGACGUAAACGUUUAAAUAAGGCUGAAGUUUGUCCAAUCGAUCCAUGGCGUAUAUUUAUGGCAAUGCGCUCUGGAUUGCUAACAGAGUGCACUUGGGCUCUAGAUGUGCUUAAUGUGUUAUUGUACGAUGACACAACAGUGCAAUAUUUUGGUUUAUCGCAUUUGCCAGGCUUGUUACCGCUGCUUUUAACACACUUCCAAAAGAAUCUCGCUGAGAUGUUUGAUGAAGGUGAUGAGACAGAAACCAAUCCUCGUUGUGUACGUAGCAUCUGUAGUUAUAACCGUAGACGACAUUAUGAAAAUAAUGACAUUAAAGAGACAGAAACUAAUCCAGAUAUUAUAGAUAAUAUUUUGGACGAGGAUGAAGGAAUCGAUCUUGGUCAAAUAUAUCAAGCACCAAAUCCUGAAGAACGCAUUAUGAUAUUCUCAAACACUCCCAAUUAUACUUUAGUUUCAAGAAAAGGUUUGCCAGUAAGAAUAACACCUGCUGACGAUGAUAUAUUCGUGACUGAUGAACUUAAGUUAUGGGAUAUAGAUAGCGAUAAAUUAUAUGAACUGACAGCACCGAUAGGGAGCAGUGCUUGGACAUACGGUGUAACAGAAAGAGACCCAUAUGAUGGGGUAAUAGACGUUUUCAAAUCGGAAAUUAUAGACAUUCCAUUUGCACGGUACAUACGCAAUAAACAACAAAAUAGUACUGAUGACGAGCAGAAGACUGGAAAGGAUGAAUUAGUAGGAAGCUGCAACAAUAACGAUAUGCAAAUAGAUAAUGGGGAUGAUGAAGACAGCAGACUGCUUAAAAAGUUCUAUAAAAAACGAAGAUUUUACAAUAGCACAAAUAAUAAAAAUGCCAACAUAAAUGCAAAAAAUAUUGGUGAAGGUAGUAACGCCAAAAGAUCUAAAUUUAAUUCAACCAAUUUGGAUUUUGCACAACCAGAUAUUAAAAAGGAACACUCAGAUCUUGAUACUACUGCAUCAACAUCAGCUUCAGAUAGUGAUUGUCGUGAGAUUGACAUGGAAUUGGAAGCAGCACGACUUUCUAAUGGAGCAAAUAAUUUAAAUAAAAAUUUUAACAAAUCUAAUAUGCGAGAGGCUGCUUCUUUAGAACAACGAAGGAGAGAUUCAACCUAUGAGGAUGAAUGUUAUACACGUGAUGAAGCCAGUCUAUAUCUUGUAAAUGAAAGUCAGGAUUCAUUAGCAAGGCGGUGUAUUUGUUUAUCAAAUAUCUUUCGUAAUUUAACUUUUGUACCCGGCAACGAGGCUUUACUAGCUAAGUCAACACGUUUUCUAGCUGUGCUCGGACGUUUACUCUUACUAAAUCAUGAACACCUGCAACGAACUCCUAAAACCCGCAACUAUGAUCGUGAAGAAGACACUGAUUUUUCAGAUUCUUGCAGUUCACUACAAGGUGAACGUGAAUGGUGGUGGGAUUAUUUAAUUAGUAUACGAGAAAAUAUGCUAGUAGCGAUGGCAAAUAUAGCUGGACAUCUAGAACUAUCGCGUUACGAAGAAAUUAUUGCAAGACCACUUAUAGAUGGUUUACUUCAUUGGGCAGUAUGUCCUAGUGCGCACGGUCAAGAUCCAUUUCCAUCUUGUGGACCCAGUUCAGCACUUUCACCUCAAAGGUUGGCUUUGGAAGCACUAUGCAAAUUAUGCGUAACUGAUGCUAAUGUGGAUUUGGUUAUAGCGACGCCACCUCAUUCACGGUUAGAAAAAUUAUGUGCUGUGUUAACAAGACAUUUAUGUCGAAAUGAAGAUCAAGUAUUGCGGGAGUUCUCUGUUAAUUUGCUACAUUAUUUGGCGGCAGCUGAUAGUGCAAUGGCGCGGACAGUAGCUUUGCAAUCACCUUGUAUUUCAUAUUUAGUAGCAUUUAUUGAGCAAGCUGAACAAACAGCGCUUGGAGUAGCAAAUCAGCAUGGUAUAAAUUAUUUGCGAGAAAAUCCAGAUUCAAUGGGUACAAGUCUAGACAUGCUACGUCGUGCAGCUGGCACACUAUUGCAUUUAGCAAAACAUCCAGAUAAUCGACUGCUGUUUAUGCAACAAGAACAACGUUUAUUAGGGCUUGUUAUGUCACAUAUUCUCGAUCAACAAGUCGCACUCAUUAUAUCACGUGUGCUGUUUCAAGUGUCACGAGGUGCUGGUCCAAUGCCAUCAAUGGAAUAUCGCCUACAGCAACGACAGCAAAAUGGUGAACGUAAAGCUGUUAGUUCCGAUUUAAAAUUCGAAUUAAAAACAGAAAAUGAUGCACAACAUAUAUCGAACUCCAAUAUUAGUACACCAACAGUAACAAAUAACAGUAGCACUACUGCAAGCAGUAAUAAACCAACAAACGCAACACAUGAUGAAAAUAGUAAUAGUAGUAAUCAAUUGACGCCAGCGGCAGCAUUUAACGAUGUUAGCAAUAGCAGUACAAACAGCAAUAGUUGCAGUACUGCGGCGAGCAGUCACAGUAAUAUGAGCAACAGUAGUACAAGCAGCCGACACACAAACAAUAUUGGCGAAUCAACAAUAAGUACGCCAGCAAUAUUAUCAAGCACUGUUACGACAAAUGCAACAAAUAAAGACCAAUUGCUAACUGCUGGUAAUAAUAAAAACAUUUUAAGUACAACAGCAAAUCUUAAUAAUAGCAACAUAAGCUUACAUAAUACUAGCAGUAACAGUAGUAACAGUAGUAAUAGCAGCAACAAUAGUAUUACUGCAACGACAGCAGUUGCAGCAGCGCCAACAACUCCUGCACCACCAACACCCACAGCACCACCUGCCACAACGACCGCCGCGGUUGCGUAGUAUACAAUGUUGCCGUUGACAACUACAGCAGUCCCAACAACGACAACUGAUACAACAUAUUAUUGGGGACAACAUCGAGAGACGAACUAAAUGAACAAUAAAUUUCUACUACACAAAAUGGUACAGAUUUAAACGAUUAAAAAAUGUUGGGCAUUCCUCAAACUUCAUUGUUUGGAAGCACAUCAGGAGUUUGUUUUUAAUUAGACUAUAAAAUAAGGUACACAAUUUAUAUAAUUAACUAGUCUAAAUAAAAAAAUAAAACUUUAAAAUGGUGUGUGAAGUUUGAAUAUAACUGUUAUCAAAUCUGCACUUAUGUAUUUCAAUAAUUUUAUAACACGUAUACUAGAAUUUUCUAACUAGUACAGAAACAUACUUUUACAGUAGAUGUAAAAUUUGUACAUUACCAAAAGAUGAAUACAGCAAGUAGAAGCAAAUACAUAUAUAUUCCUAUUGUAAUUAUAAACAAAACAUGAUAAACACAUAAACACUCCUUGCAACUAUAUCUAGACAGAAGGCUAAAGUAGUACAUUUUGUAAAUAUGAAGGAAAACUUAAAACAGUCUAAAUUUUUAUUUUAAAUUAAUAAAUAUGAUUAUAUAAGAUAAAAAUGCGAUUAGUAUGUGAUUAAAUUUAUGAAAAGAAAUAUUAGAUAUAAUUCAUCAAUAAGAAUAUAAGAUUUCAUUAUAUUUGUGUACAAAAUUAUAAUAAAAUAUAAGUCAAACGCAAAUGUUAAAUGUAUUUCGGUAUUCUUGUAAAAUUAAACAAUUUUCUUUCGACUGAAUAACUCAAACUUAAAAGAUUUCUUCAUUUGUUUUAUAACGUAAAUAGAAUCCGAAUACAAUCUGAAUACAAAAAUCAAGAUAAUACCAACACAUACUUUGAAAGUUGACUGUUAAAAACAACUGUUUACAUUUAUUAUUUC